CCCAAUCCCGCAAACCCACCCCUCCUCGUCCCCGCUCGCCACCCACGCCCAGGACCGCCGCCGCCGCCUCUCCCCCGCUCACGGCAACGGCUCCCUCGGUGCCCCCGCCCGUCAUCGACGAGCCCGAAAAAGCGGAGCGAUCGAGAGGAGGGAUUGAGGGCAAGCGAAAGAAAAGCUCCUCGAGCUACUAAACCCCUAAAACCCUCGGCGUCGGAGGCGGCGGCGAGAUGAAGAACCUGCGCCUUGUGACGAGGCUCCCGCAGCAGCUCCAGCUCCAGCUCGGCGGCGAAACCCUCGUCGCCUCCGCGAUCGACCCCGAGCGCCGCCGCGCCUUCUUCGCCUCCUCCGUCAACUUCAUCUACACCGUCCAGCUCCCCGCCGCCUCCGCACAGGGACAGCAACCACUGCCAUGGAGUAAAAUUACUGCUCAACACUCCGACGUGGAGGAGGUUGUUCUUGAGCCUGGAGAUUGCAUAGUUGCCAUGGAUUAUCUCAUGGAGAGGGAGUCUCUACUCCUUGGUUCAUCGGCUGGUUGCCUGCUCUUGUAUAAUGUGGAGGAAAAAACAACCGAAGUUGUUGGAAGACUGGAAGGUGGUGUCAACACCAUUGCCUCUAGCCCUGAUGGUGCUCUUCUUUCUGUAACCACUGGACUUGGGCAGCUGCUUGUCAUCACACAGGAUUGGGAAGUGCUGUUUGAGGCUUCUCUUGAUCCUCAUGAUGCUACCAUAGGCGACAAAGACAGUACCGGUUGUCAGAUACGAAGCUCAAUUUCUUGGCGUGGGGAUGGGAAAUAUUUUGCUACACUUGGGGCCCUUGAUGGCGCCAUUGGCCCUACAAAGCUUACUAUAUGGGAACGUGAAUCAGGAAAGGUUCAUUCAUCUUCGGAUGCCAAAACUUUUAUGGGAGCAUUGUUAGAUUGGAUGCCUAGUGGAGCCAAGGUUGCCACAGCCCAUGAUCGGAGGGCAGAGGGAAAAUGCCCUCUCAUUGUAUUCUAUGAAAAGAAUGGCUUAGAGAGGAGCCACUUUUCCAUUGAUGAGCCAGCAGAGGUUGCCAUUCAUGCUUUAAAAUGGAACUGCAAUUCCGAGAUCCUAGCUGCUCUGGUUUCUUCUGAGCAGCAUGAUGUUAUUAAAAUAUGGUCCUGCAGGAACAAUCACUGGUACUUGAAACAUGAACUGCGGUACACAAAGGAAGAGAGGGUGAAGUUCUUUUGGGAUCCAACGAAACCAAUGCAUCUGAUUUGCUGGACACAGGGUGGCCAAGUCAUUAUUCACAGGUUUUCUUGGACUACCGCAGUCAGUGAGACUUCAGUUGCACUUGUUAUUGAUGGUUCCCAUGUUCUUGUUACUCCUCUUAAUUUGGGCCUCAUGCCACCUCCCAUGUCUCUGUUCCACCUCGCAUUUCCUUGUGCAGUGAAUGAGGUUUCUUUUGUGUCCAGUAACUCAAAGACCCACUUGGCUGCUUAUCUCUCAAAUGGCAGCUUGUGUGUACUGGAGCUUCCAGCACCAGAUUCUUGGGAAGAAUUUGAAGGCAACAGGAUAAAUGUUGACCCUUGCUGUUCUGGCUUCACUCUGGAUAACUGUAUGCACCUUGCUUGGAUAGAUACCCACACCUUGAUUGGCAUCUGUUGCCAUAGCGAACGCUGCUGUUCAACACCGACUGGGUCCAGUGAAACUAGUAACCUGGUACACAAACAUGAUUCACUGUUUUCCAUCAAUGAGAUUGAACUUGUACGUUCAGAGGAUUCUGUGCCAGGUUCAGUGAUUUCAUCUGGUUGGCAAGCUAGAGUAUCAAAGAAAGUGCCAAUGCAGAGUUCAGUCAUUGGAGUCUCUCAGAAUCCAGCAAAAAAAGGUUCAGCCUUCAUUCAAAUUAGUGGAGGAAGGAUUGUUGAGUACUGUUCAAGUUUAAAUCUGUUGAAAAUGUCAGCACAACUCAAUGAGGUUGAUUCUGACCAUGGUUUUCCAGCAGCAUGUCCUUGGAUGACUGCAGUUCUGUGCCAUGAAAAUGGUAUGGCUCAACCCUUUCUCUUUGGACUUGAUGAUAACAGCAACCUUUAUAUGGGCAAAAGGUUAUUGAGCAACAACUGCAGCAGCUUCACAUUCUACUCCAGUGCUUAUGGAACCACUGAGCGAGUUAUGAGCCACUUACUUGUGACUACUAAGAAAGAUCUUCUAUUCAUUGUGGAUAUCAAUGAGAUCUUUCUUAAAGACAAUGAGGUGACAGUUGACAGCCAUGUCAGUAGCCAUCCUCGAGGAAAGCAAAGCAAAGAGCACAUCACUGUGUGGGAAAAGGGAGCAAAGUUGGUUGGUGUUCUCCAUGGUGAUGAAGCAGCUGUCAUAAUGCAAACUACACGUGGUAACUUAGAGUGUACUUACCCUAGAAAGCUGGUCCUUGUUUCAAUUGUUCAGGCAUUGGCUCAGAGGCGUUUCAAAGAUGCAAUGGACAUGGUGAGGCGGCAUCGGAUAGAUUUCAAUAUCAUUGUUGAUUAUUGUGGUUGUAAUGUUUUUAUCAAGUUAGCAGCAGAUUUUGUCAAACAAGUUAAUAACCUUAGCCACAUCACUGAAUUUGUUUGCUCAAUGAAGAACAGCAAUUCAAGCAGCAAAUUGUAUGAAGCCUAUAUGUCUUUCCCUGAUCACUCUACGGACUCGAUGGUUGAUAAUGAGUGCAACAAAGUCACUUCUGUACUGAUGGCAGUUGGAAAAGCCCUUGAGGAACAAAUGGAAGAGAGCUCAUCAAGAGAACUUUGUGUUCUGACCACUUUAGCCCGUAGUGAACCUCCAUUAUUGGAGGAAUCACUAAACAGAAUAAAAGCAAUUCGAGAAUUGGAACUUCUUGGCGUUGAUGAUGCCAGGAGAAAACUUUACCCUUCUGCUGAAGAGUCUCUGAAGCACUUGCUUUGGUUAACAGACACUGAAGCUGUUUUCGGUGCUGCUUUGGGGUUGUACGAUCUGAAUCUUGCUGCUAUCGUUGCUUUGAAUUCCCAAAAAGAUCCAAAAGAGUUCCUCCCAUUUCUCAAGAGUCUUGAAUGCCUUCCUCCUGCUGUCAUGAGAUACACGAUUGAUUUAAGGCUUGGAAGAUAUGAGAGUGCCCUCAGAAACAUUGUUUCUGCUGGUAACGAGUACCACGAGGAUUGCAUGAAGCUCCUUAAUGCUAAUCCUCAGCUGUUCCCACUGGGCCUCCAGUUAUUUAAUGAAUCAGAUAAAAGGAAUGAAAUUCUUGAGGCAUGGGGCGACCAUCUUUCUGAAGAGAAAUGCUUUGGAGAUGCCGCAUUGACUUACCAGUGCUGUUUGUCAUAUCAGAAAUCAUUGAAAGCUUACCGUGCUUGUGGGGACUGGAAAGGCGUGUUUACUGUUGCAGGUCUUUUGGAGUUAGAAAAGGAGGAAAUUACUCAGCUUGCACACGAGUUAUGUGAUGAGUUCCAAGCUCUCGGCAAGCCAGGAGAUGCUGCUAGAGUAGCACUGGAGUAUUGUUCAGAUGCCGAGAGAGGUGUAAGUUAUUAUAUCACGGCAAGGGAAUGGGAAGAGGCUCUUAGAGUUGCUUAUAUGCUUAGCAGGCAUGAUCUGGUUGGAACUAUUAGAGAUGCAGCUUUGGAUUGUGCCGCAUCGCUGAUAUCCGAGUACCAGGAAGGACUGCUGAAGGUUGGUAAAUAUGUAGCACGUUAUGUGGCUGUGCGGCAGAGGAGAUUGUCGCUUGCUGCCAAACUCCAGUCAGAAGAUCGGUUUAUGGAUGUUGAAGAUGACAGCGUUUCAGAAGUGAGCACUAGCUUCAGCGAAAUGAGCGCAUAUACCACAAGGUCAACCAAGGAGUCAAGUGCUUCGGUCAUAUCCAGCAGCGCCAGCAAGUCACGAGGAGCAAGGCGGCAAAAAAAAGGUGGCAAGAUACGAGCUGGAAGUCCUGGGGAGGAGAUGGCCCUUGUGGAGCAUCUCAAGGGGAUGGCGCUGACAGACGGUGCUGAAAAUGAGCUGAAGAACCUUCUCGUGGUUCUAAUACAAUUGGGGAAAGAAGAAACUGCCCGUCAGGUGCAGCAGGCUGCAGAUAGCUUUGAAGUGUCUCAAAGGGCUGCAGUGAAGUUGUCUGAGGAUACAGUAUGUAACGACAAGGUAGAUGAGAACGUUCACACCCUUGAGCAUUACAUAAGAAUGCUGAGGGCUCAUGGGUCAGGUCAUAGCGAGACUGGUUCAUGGCGAAUCAAAGCAUUGUCUCCCCCUUGAUGGCUUGUUUGGUUAGUGCCCUCCCCAAGGGGGUUGAGGGGGCUCAUGACUUCAGACUUGCAAACGAUUUCAAGCUGGCUGUAAAAGAGGAGCACAGUUUUGCUAUUACUGAACAUUGCGAGCAGAUCAAACACCAGUCUUCUGUCAUGCAGGUUUUAAUGUCUUGUAUAUCCGGCCACUAUUGCCAUUUGCUAUUCACAUACACCGAACGGUUGGAGCUGUUAAUAUGCUUGUUAGUAUAUUAACAAGGAUACAGAAGGCUAACCAAUUUCAUUUGCAUUUUCUUUUUUGAAUUUCAUUAGCAGUUAACUGAGUUGAUUUGUGAAUACAAUUUUUACUUCUGAAA